UCUGAGGCAAAAACAAAGAGCUCUAGCAGCAGCCUGUGAGGACUCUGCUAGAUAAAGGCUGUGUUCUUGUAUCCCGGCUCAACUUUUCAGUCGUGUUAGAAACAAUGUCUUCAGUUCAGCAUCUGAGAGAGUUUAUCAGAGAGCGACUAACCGCCGCUGCUGAAGAAAUCCUCACCGAGGUUGAAAAAACCUUCGUCCGCUACGAGGAAGACGUCAGACUGCUGGAGAGCCACUGGAAACCCCAGAUGAAACUCACCAGAAUCGAACUCCAAAAGCCAUGUGUCUCCAAUGAGGAGGAAGCUUUAGACAUCCAACAGCUCUGUAGCCAGAAGAGGGCAUCCAGUCAUCACCAGGAGGAGACAGAACCUCAGUGGAAUGAAGAAAAACAGAUGGAACCAGAUUUCCCACUGUUUGAAGAACAGGGGGAACCUGGGCCUCCGUGGAUUAAAGUAGAAGAGGAGGAUCCAGAACCUCUACUGAUUAAAGAAGAAAAUGAGGAUCCAUGGUCUUUGUUGGAAAAAGAGGAACAGGAACAACUAGAUUCUUCAAUGCUCGGACGACCAACUAGACUCAACCACAAGGACCUUGGCAGCAGUCAGGAGAAAGGACAGCUUACCAAGAAACAGUCCAUUGCUCUGAUGGAGACUUCCACUCUUCAGGGCAGUAAUCUGUGUGAAGGAGAACCAAUAACUGGACAGCUUUCCUUUAUCUCUCCUGUAGUUGAGAUCACAGCUCAGGAGGGAAGUAGCUCCGCUGCGUCUGAGAGGCAGCCUCAUGUUGACACAGAGAAAAUGUCUUUUAAAGAUGAUGUUUGUGGAAGAUCCUUUAAAAAUAAGCAUAGAUUAGAACAGCAUUACCGAACCCACACGUGUGAGAGACGGUUUUCUUGUGAGACGUGUGGAGCAAGUUUUGUUAGACGCCAUCACUUAUACGCACACCAGAGAAUCCACACAGGUGAGAAGCCUUUUUCCUGUGAAACGUGUGGAAAAAGCUUCACUCAAAUUGCUAGCUUAAACGUUCACAGGAAAAUCCACACAGGCGAGAGGCCCUUCUCCUGCGAAAUAUGUGGGAAAGGUUUCAUCAGACGCGAUCAUUUAGACGUACACCAAAGAACCCACACUGGGGAGAGGCCAUUUUCAUGUGAGGUAGGGCUGCAACAUCGAAUUCAUAAAAGGAAUAGAAAUCGGUUAAGUGUUGGAAACGAAUUCCAUUAUCGAUUCAUGGUGCAGUGAGAUUAAAGCCCUACCCUCCAUGUGGCCGAGCCGUUUACGUCAGCUCACUGUGCACACUGACAGCACAGUGGGCUGAACAGAGCAAAGCGUAAGCAGAGUAAAAGAAACUAGAACCUGACAUUUCAAAAGAUCUUUAUUAAUUUCCUUUUGGUGGGCUGUACCUAUAUGUCCUGCAUAUAUAGGUCCUAAGCAGGAGCUCUCUCCGCUAAAUUAACUAUCGAUAGAAUUUUAAGAGUCCUUACUGAUAAAAUAUUGAUUGAAUCAAAGUUUUAGGGGGAAAAAAUGGCAAAAAUAUUCACAACAUUUCUUAAAAGAAAAGGUCAGAGUUUUAAUUAAAAAGAUUUACAUUUUCUUCGCUCAUCGGCAGCCAGUUUUAUUUAGCCUGACCAUCGCUUACUUAUGCAAGCCAAGAAUUGAAUGUCACCCUUUGAGAGAGCUUCAACAUCCUCCUUAAACAAGAUUUUGAAGCAAAGCUUUGAUGAUAGAUUAAGGUUUAUAGGAAAAUACUGCUGCUUGUUUAGAUUGAAUUAAAUUUCAAUGGUUCAUUUGAAUUUUGAUUUUGUUCAAGUUGUUUCACUUUAUUGCAUAAAUGUAUUUAUGUCAGACUUUAUAUGGUAGCCAAAGUAUAAAAAUAUGUAUCUCAUUUCAAUGUUCAAAAAGUUUCAAGUUUUAUAAUAAAUGAGUUUGAGUUUAAA